UGGACGGAGGACGUUCAGUGCGGCCGAUAAGCAGAAACAGAACAACCGCAAAACGGUACUGAUUGGCGGUGAUCGUUUAGUUGGUUGGUAAACGCCAGCGCAUCAAGCGGCCAGUAGUGGAUCAACGUGACGACAGCAUGCGGAGAUUGUUACCCGUUUUGUUGCUCGCGGUAACCGUACUAGCGGUGGACGUGUCUGGCCAGAACGACACGCUGCUGGUGCAUAACUGCGAUCCUGGCACGGAGCCGUUCGUCUGUUCGGUAGCGAGUUUCGUGUACAAUUCCGCCAAAAAGCAGCAUUCGAGGUUGAUCCACACGGGCGACAAUCGUAAUGUGCGGCUAGGCUUUCCUCGGUCAAAAAUACUGAACACCCUCAAAACCAGUGAGCCCACCAUUCCCAUUUACGAUGCUAAACUGCACGAGGAGCUCAAUCGGCCACCAGCCGUACAGAUAUCAAACGCGCGGAUGCGUAAGCUAGAGAUUCCCCUGGACCUGCAGUACAGUGACUUUAGUCGAAACAAGAUCGCGGAGGUGAUGGUACCGGAACCGAAGGACUCAGGCUCUCAGUACGCCCUUCGUUAUCUUGAUCUGACCCUCAAUUCGCUAAGCAGCAUCGAGAAGCUGCACGUGCUCGUGAACCUGGAAACGCUUGUACUGGUUCAUAACAACCUGGAGACGCUCGAAAGUACGGUGUUCAGCGGCAUGCACAAACUCUCCAUGCUCGUACUGUCGGGGAAUGACUUCGACGAGCUGCAGUUUACCAUAUUUCCACCCUCGCUCGUGUGGCUGUGGCUGGACGGAUGUUAUGUAUCCACACUGCACAUGGAUGGGGCACAUCUGCCGGCACUGGAAACGUUUAGUGCGACUGAUAACUCGCUGCGCUCCCUGAACGUCUCGAUGUUGCAAACUAUGGCACCGGUUCUAGAGGAGAUACUCCUGUCGGAAAACUUGUUCAACAAGGAAACGAGUGACGCCUUGAAGGUGGCCUUAGAACAAGCUGGCAUCGCGCACGAUGGAAUUGAACCGUACGGUGAAUUUAUGCGAGUUUAUUUCCCUGGGCUUCAUCGGAACAUGGCCGAUCUCAAGGAUCACUUGGAAUCGUGGGACGCGAUCCUGAGCGCCACGGCGGUUGUGGUGAACUUGUUGUGCAUUGUCGGGUGGGUUGGGCAUCGCAUUUGGCAGAUGAAAAGCCAACGCCGUCAGCUCAACUAGGCGUAAGAGAGGGGGGAUUCUAUCGCCAGAACCUAAUCAGCGGUUGCUAUCACGUCAUCGAAAUAAUAAAUAAACGAAUGCAACGAGUGCGUAAGGAUA